UGUAGUAUCGAACCAAAAGUAGGCUUGUACAACCAGUGCACCAGCUGAAUUACCGAGAUCAUCAACAACAAGAAGGCUGUUAGUCCGAGUACGCCGCUAGUGUCAUUCUGUAUCCCAACACCUCCGCUCGGACACCCAACGCCCAGGAUGAGCAGCAUUCCCCAGAAGAAGACGGCACCGCCCGGCUCCUGGAUCUGGGACAAGGGCGAGGACGCCACGGUCCAGGUCCAUGACCGCGCCCAGGGCCAGUCUGCCGCGACCCCGCGCUCCCAGCCGACAGUCCCAGAGUAUCAGGGGUUCAACGACGGCAGCUCCGCGGUCGAGUCCCAGAGCGGCGAGUACACUCACCGAGACAACGAACCCAGCAACAAGGAGAAGGAAGCUGGCGAAGACCAGGGAGAGGUAGAGGAGGAGCCGAUCAAGUUAAAGGAUGUUGAGCCGAAGCCUGUGGGUGAGGAGGAGACGGAGCAGGCUGGUGACGACGUCGAGGCUCCGGUUGAGGCGGACCCAAACGCCGACCUCGCCGAGAAUGCAAAGCAGGCGUUGGACCGAGCCUCCGAGAACCAGCCGACCAAUGACGCUCGUGAAACAUUGCUCAAGACAGCCCGGGAAGACCUGGCUGCUCUCCAAGCCGAGCCUCUUCAGUCGGAGGAGCAAGGGAGGCAGCAAGCUACUACCCAGGAUGAGCCCGAUGAGCCCGCCGACCAGCCCGCCGAAGAACAAGACAAAGGAGAAGAAGGGGAAGAAGGAGCAGCAGCAGGAGCAGAAGCGGUGGCGGCGGCGGAAGAGGCGGGAGGGGACGAGCAGGCCAAGCCGGACCUCAGCGUCCUCGAGGACGGCACGGUCAACAAGGGCGGCAACGUCGUUUCGCCCGACGGCACGAUCGUCGGCCGGGUGGUCGACGGCGAGGUCAGGCACCUCGCGGGCAGCAAGACGGACGCGGACGGCAACAUCUGGAACAGCAGCGGCAAGGUCGUCGGCAGGGCCGAGCCGAUCUCGGACAGCGAGCGCGACGCGCUGCUGAGGGAGCUGGCGCCGUUCGAGAGCUUCCCCGACGCCGUCGUCGGCAAGGACGGCAUGGUCGUCGUCCCCAGCGGGGACGUCGUCGGUAGGCUUGUCCAGGGAGACGAGGCGGCCCUGCAGGGAAAGAGCGUCGACCCGGACGGGGACAUCCUCGACAAGGCCGGCAAUGUGAUUGGCAAGGCCGAGCGGUGGGAGCCCGAGCCCGAGAAGGAGCCCGAGCCCGAGCCCGAGGCGGACAAGUCCGUCCUGGCCGGGAAGCGGGUCAACAAGGCGGGCAACCUGGUGGACGGGAGCGGGGCCAUCUUCGGCAGGGUCGUCGAGGGCGACGUCAAGCGGAUGGUCGGCCGCAUGUGCGACAAGAAGGGCAACAUCCUCAGCGAGAGCGGCGACGUCCUCGGCAAGGCCGACCUGGUGCCCGAGGACGAGCGCGAGGGCCUGAAGGAGGGGCCCUUCGCCGAGCUGGAGGGCUGCACCGUCGCCAAGGACGGCACCGUCGUCACGCCGGCCGGCGAAGUCGUUGGCCGGCUGACCAGCGGAGAUCCCAAGAUCCUCUUCGGCCGCGCCGUCGACGAGGACGGCGACAUCCUCGACAGGAACGGCAACACCAUCGGCCACGCCGAGCGGUGGGAGCCCGAACAGGUGGAGCGCAAGAAGAACCCCAUGUCGGGCCGCCGCGUCAACCGCGAGGGCAACGUCUGCGACGAGGACGGCAACCUCAUCGGCAAGCUCACCUCGGGCGACCUCAGCGUCUGCUCCGGCAAGGAGAUCGACGACGACGGGGACGUGGUCGACUACAAAAGCAACACCAUCGGCCACUGUUCUCUCCUCGAGGACAUCGGGGAGUCGCCCGAGGAGAAGGAGAAGCGCGAGCAGGCCGAGAGAGACAAGAAGCUGGCCGUGCAGAUGUCUGUCUGCAUCGAGCAGUGCCUGGACAGCAUCCGCCCCAUCUGCAAGAUGAUCACCGAGGUCAGUUCCUACCCCUCUGUUUCCCUCUCCCUUUCUUUUAUGUUCUCUUUCUCUUACCCGUUUCCUUUCUAACCCCC